AUGUUAUAUCCUCCGCCAUCACCCGGAUCUCCGGUCUUUUUCAACGUGAGCCGUGAACUCGUAGCUCAUCGUUUCUCCACAGUCACAAGGUUUUUACAUAUACUCAGAGGGAGUUGGUUGGAUUGGAUCCCAAAGAUAAAUGUGCUUGGAGUUAUGAGAUUAUACCUUGCAUGCUGUGAUAUUACUUCUACACAUACUGUUGCAAAGGGCUCAUUUGAAGUUCUUCUCUGCCAUGGGAAAACUUUAUUUGGUAACCCAAGAUUCUACUCUGUACCAUUUCUAGAACCUGGUGACCUAAAUACCCUUCUUCAACACUAUACUGCAUGUGCUUCUCAAUUGAACUUACAAACAAGUAAAAAGAACAACCUUUCUGUUCUUGGAGCUCUUUCAAGAACAUUCUCAACCCCAUCUGUAUCUGGACCUUCAUUUCAAGUUUGUGGCUAUCACGCCGAUAAUCUGCUAUCCAAUCCUAAUCAUUUCCAAUCUGUUAUCACCAAUCAUCACAUCCCCAUGUCUCUUUCAAUUUCAAGAUCUUUACUAGGUGGUGGAUCAUUACACAACUUAGCUUCCACUCAUGGACACCUCAUCGAUAAUUCCAAUCUUUCUUUUCCCACCCGAGGUUUCCAUAGUUAUCACAAGAUCACCAUGAAUUCAAGAAACAACAAAGAAUCAGAAAGCUUCUCUCUUUACGGAUACUUCAUCUACCAUGUUGCCAAAACAAAUGGCAUCUCCAACCCGUUUCUUGAUAUCGACUGGAAAAGCUUCCACAUCUCAUCCCCAACUUUUCUAAAUUCCGGAACUGCCCCUGAUGUGUUCUCAGACAACAACUCUCUACGCCAUGAUCGGCUUACAUCCUCCGAUAGUGAUGGAAAGGCGUUAUCGGAUAGAUCAAUGAAGCUGGUUUCUGGAUCAUGUUAUCUACCCCACCCUGAGAAGGAGGAGACAGGUGGCGAAGAUGCACAUUUCAUUUGCUCUGAUGAACAAGCAAUAGGGGUAGCAGAUGGGGUAGGUGGGUGGGCCGACCUUGGUAUUGAUGCUGGGAAAUACGCACGUGAACUUAUGUCAAAUUCAGUAAACGCAAUACAAGAUGAACCUAAAGGCUCUGUAGAUCCCACUAGGGUUUUGGAAAAAGCUUACACCAACACUAAAUCUAAAGGAUCCUCAACUGCUUGCAUUAUCGCACUCACAAAUCAGGGUCUUGAUGCUAUUAACUUGGGAGAUAGUGGGUUUAUGGUGGUGAGAGAUGGAUGUACUGUGUUUCGAUCACCAGCACAACAACAUGAUUUUAAUUUCACGUAUCAGUUGGAGAACGGAAGUAAUAGUGAUUUACCAAGCUCUGGUCAGGCAUUUUCGAUUCCGGUUGCUCCAGGGGAUGUGAUAAUAGCGGGAACAGACGGGCUGUUUGACAACUUGUAUAAUAAUGAUAUAACCGCGAUUGUGGUGCACGCGGUUCGAGCGGGGUUGGACCCGCAGGUGACGGCUCAAAAGAUAGCGGCUCUGGCACGGCAAAGAGCGAUGGAAAGAGACAGACAGACGCCUUUUUCGGCUGCUGCUCAAGAAGCUGGGUAUCGUUAUUAUGGUGGGAAGCUUGAUGACAUCACUGUUGUUGUCUCCUUCAUCACCUCCUCUUCCAAAACUGAUGAGUCAUCGAGUUGUUGAUGUUUCGUUGAAGGAGUUAAUGAAUGGAUUCAGUGUUACAUGGAGUGGUGGAUAGUGAUAGCUGUAAAUAAAAAGAGUGAUUAGUUAUGUUGUUGAACAAGGGACAAGGAAGAUGGGAAUUGUUGUUCGUUUACGUCUUAUAGUGUCUUCUAGGUUUUGGAAUAAACUGGACGCUGACCUUUUUUGGGUGAUUCAUUUCUAUUCAGAUCUUUUUUCAACUUAAAAAAAAAAGUUAUUUGGAUUAUAAUGAAUUGGGUUGAGAUGUACAAAGCAUUCAUCAAAUCUAACAAUCUUUGACAUCAGGAUCUCAAAAUAAUGAGUUUGUAUUUAUCUUCUGUGUUCACGUAUUAUCUGAUAUGGAUAGAUCAAAACGACUGUAUGAUUCUGUCAAGGGUUGAGUAUAUAUUUUUUCUAAUGAAAUAUCACUUUGUCUGAGUUGGUGCCAUUUUGGAUUUCGGAUAUAUGUAAUCUGUGUAAUGUCUCAUUUGCGUCAAACAUUUGCAAUUCUAUCGCCUAUUAAAUCCGAAAUCUUUAG